AUGGCCGUCCGUACAGCUCUUGCCCUGCUGGGUGGUGCUUUCCUGUUGUACUACGCGACGCGUCUACCAUUGUUUGUUCAACUGCACUUUGUCCAUCAAAGCACACUGAGCCGCUAUCGAAAAGCGAAGGGCAGACCAGAGGAAUCAGCAUGGGCAUUGGUGACUGGAUCCACUGACGGCAUCGGCAAGGGAUUUGCGGAGGAGCUCUGCGAACGCGGCUUUAAUGUCAUUAUUCAUGGACGCAAUCAACACAAAUUGGAAGCUGUCAAAACGGACCUAAACAAGCGAUGGCCAAAUCAGCAAGUCCAGAUCCUGAAGCUCGACGCCGCCAAAGAUGCUGCCAACGCCGAAAUCUUCUCUCGUACGGCGGCCAACCUGCGAAACUUCGAUCUCAAAGUACUCAUCAACAAUCUGGGCGGGAAUGGUGGCAUGGAUGUGAGUUUCAUGCCUCUUCAUGAAAGGACCUCGGACCAGAUUGGCACUUUCAUAAAUGUCAAUGCCCGCUUUCCUACUGAGAUGACUCGGGCAGUCUUGCCACAGCUUCGCGAGAACGGCCCUGCCUUGAUCGUGAAUGUUGGAAGCACGACCAGCGACUUCGGCCUGCCUUAUCUUUCCAUCUACUCGGGCUGCAAGUCUUACAACAAAGGCUGGUCGCGCUCCUUGACAGCAGAGAUGAAAGCUGAGGGAGCUAAUAUUGAGGUAUUCUGCUUACUGGUUUCGGCUGUUGCCACAAACUACGUUCCGCGAGCGGCCUCUUUAUUCGCCCCAACCGCACGGCAGAUGGCCAGCUACAGCUUAGAUAAAGUCGGCUGCGGCAAGAGCAUAGUCUUUGGCUACUGGGCUCAUGCUGUACAGGCAGCUUUCUUCUGGGUCCUUCCUGACUGGCUCGCGGAGAAAAUGAUCAUUGAAGUUGGAAUCAAAGAAAGGAAGGAAGAUGAGGAUCGUGCUAAGAACAGGUAG